AUGUCUGUAUCGAAGCCAUGGUACUACUACCUCUGGGACUCCUUCGGGAAGCCCAAAGAAGAACGACGGCUGCUCCGCAAGCUGGACGCCUCUUUACUGAUCUUCUCGGUGGUAGGUCUGAUCAUGCGCUACGUGGAUCAGACGAAUCUCGCGACUGCCUUCGUAUCCGGCAUGAAGGAGGAUUUGCAGAUGUAUGGGCUGGAAUAUAAUUACUGUGUCACGGCUUGGUCUGUAGGCUAUGUCAUUGGGCAGAUACCCGGCAACGUCCUUCUCAACCGCUUCUCACCACACUAG